AUGACAGCAUCAAAUGGAAAUCCUAACCAACCCGAUUCGUUGCAUUUUAUUCAUCCACACGCUGCAAGUCCCUACGUGGCUGCAAUGCUUCGGCUUACACCGCUAUUCCUUGGUUACAUGGCUCACUCAAGAAUAGGUGCACUGGGAUUUGGCGCACGAACAGAGCCUCGAUUUGAGUUAUCUCAGUGUUUUUCCUUGAGUGGCAAUCCUAACGAUCCUCAAGUAGAUGGUAUAAAGGGACUACUGGAAGCAUAUCGUUCGGCUAUGAUGGCAGUGCAACCCUUUGCACCUACAGACUUUUCUGAAGUCAUUUAUCAUGUGUCAAAGUUUGCCAAAGCUGAAUCGAGACGCCGACUUGGCUUGUACUUUGUCCUGUUGAUCCUUACCGAUGGAGGUCUCACAAACCCACGCCGCACUAUUGAAGCCAUCGUAGAUUGUUCUCCUCAUCCGAUGAGCAUAAUUGCCGUUGGAAUUGGGAAGAACUUCCAAUUCGUUCCAUUCGAUGAACUGGACAGUGAUGAUGCAGUGGCACUGAUUCCUCUCCAAAUUGCGCAAUGGCGGAAUUUGGUUUCGGAGAAGCCAUAA